GAUCUAUUCUAUAUUGGACCAAUGUAUCAUCUUGAGUAUCCUGAUGCAAUCAAGAUCUUGCUGGUGCUUGACGUAGAUCUAGAGUUCAAGAUUGAUCUUAUAGAACUUUGGAACGAGCACAAAAAUAUGAAAAACAGUGAGUUGAUUGGAGUAGGUCCUGAACUGACUAGAUAUUACAGAUUAAGAGCAGCAUCAUUUAUCCAAGAAAAUCCAGGUUCUUCAGUUGGUCAACCGGGGAAAUGGCAGGGGUUCAACACUGGGGUUGUGAUUUACAACCUUAAGAAUAUUCGAGAAAGUCAGCUGUUCAAUCAGCUGAUUAAUCCAGAGUUUUACAAGAUGGCGACAACUAAGUAUUUCUAUGGAGGACUGGGGGAUCAGGAUUUGUUUACUCUGAUGGGUUGGGAGUAUUCUGAAUUAUUCUAUAAUCUACCCUGUCAAUACAAUUACCAGACCUACAGGGACAUUGACUAUACCCAGUUCAGUCUAGAAUUAGAUGUAAAGAAUGACGACCCCGAGUAUAGAAACUGUAAAAACCAAGGGAAAGUAAUUCAUGUCAAUGGUUUGAUAAUUUAAUAAUUUAAUUUAUAAAUUGGAAAGUUCCUAACAUCGUAUUAGAAUAAAAACAUCAACCCUUA